CCCGAUUACGGUAACUUUUAACGUCUACAAUCCAGACACGCUUCUCGAUUCUGCGAUACGAUUGGUCGUUCAACAGCGUACGUCAGCUGUUUUGACCAAUCGUAUCGCAGAAUCGAUGAAGCGUGUCUGGAUUGUAGACGUUAAAAGUUACCGUAAUCGGGGCUCUGAACUGUCCUAUGCAUGACAUUGACAGUGGGGCGCCACCGUCAAUACCGGAUCGCUGGUUUCGAUUUUUGCCAUGUUGGAAACCAUAUAGUUGAACGAUGGUAGCGCCCCCCUGUCAUUGAGUUUGGUGGGACAGUUCAGCGUGGGUCAUCUAUACAUAAUUUUCCGGAAAACAAACUAAAAAACAAACAAAUCAAAUCCUAAAUCUACGUUUUUCACUCUGAAAUGGCUUUUAUCAAACCGUUAAAAUUAGAAGUUUACAAUUCUAUUGUCAGCGACUUUAACAAAAUGAAUUCGUUUAGCAGGAAAAGUGAAAAUGAGCUGAAAAAGAAAUAUAAACACUUACCACCAUGUACUUUAGGGAGCAUCAUAUCAUUAUUGGUUCAGAGGUCUAUGAAACAGAACUACAGAAAGUCACCUAUUAUAUCAAGUAAAUAUCAUGAUCUCUAUGAGGAAUUGAUGAAAGAAACCGAUGGUGGCAUUGUUAUUUUGCAGUUGGCAGAACGCCAGGGAAUAAGUCCUGCACUCUUUGCAAGAUCAUUAUUACAAAAUGUUUAUUCUGAUUCUCUUAUGACUAAGAAAUCCAUGAAAGACACAACACUAAUAGAAGAUAAGGACUUAGCAUAUCAAGUAUUUUUGGGUGUUAUGAAUGAUAAUCAAUAUGGACCUCACGCAGACAUAAUAAAGCAGUCUGUUGGCUUAGAAUAUGAACUCAGAUUAGAAAGAGAAUUGAGAUUAAUGAAUAUUACAUUUUCUGAUGAAAACAUAUUACGAUCAAGAGGAUAUGAUAAAACUCCUGACUUUAAACUUGAUGUUCCUGUUGCAGUGGAUGGAUUCAUAAUAAACUGGGUGGAAAGUAAAGCCCUGUUUGGUGAUGAAGAAAAUCAUUCUGGUUACCUAAAAGAACAAUUAAUGUGUUACUGGAACAGGUUUGGGCCUGGUCUAGUCAUAUAUUGGUUUGGUUAUUUAGAAACACUAAAUUCAAUGCCAGAGGUCAAUAAUAUGUUCAUACUCCGUACUAGUUUUCCAGAGAAGUCUAGCAUUACCCAGUAUAAAUAUGAAUUGUAAUAAUAACAAUAUAAUAAAAACUAUAGCUAAAGAUAA